AUGUCCAAUAUUGUGAAGUACGCGUUUUUCUCAAGUGGGGCAGAAGUAGCGUUUGUUAUGUUUGACGGCCGAAAUUCGACUAGCACUGACUGGUUUUCUAAUGGAAGAAUCAUCCUUUCUAGCUAUGACGAUAUGGUCAGUCAGGCCAAGACUGAUUGUAGCAUAGCAGGGGAUGGAUUCCAACGUAAUUUUGCGAUCCUGAAACAGGGCGGAGCCAGCUGUACCAGUGUACAAGGGUGGAUGCUGGUGUCCGAAAAUUCGUCCGAAACUUGUGUAUUUGACCGAGCUUCUGCUGUGGAAACAGCUCCGUUCUUCCUCUACAGUAGCAGUAGCACUUAUGGAUACCCACAAAGUGUUAGUUCCUGGGAUUCGGCAGCAAUGCCAGCAGCUGACGUUAUGGGUGUUUUUGUGAAAGGAUGGUUCCCGGCCUUUCAUGUAGCUCUCGGUGGUUCCAUAUACUCCGCUAGUAGUAUCUACGACUUAUUUACUGGGACAUAUAUAGUCAACGAGUACAACGACACGGCUUUUUCAUUGGAUAACAAUGCAAUGACUUUUAAGUCAAAUAUCAUUGACAGCUGGGCAUCUUACUAUAUACAAGCUGUACGUGUAUCAUUUUUCAAAGAUGGCGCUGAGGCAGCUUAUAUCGUAUUUGAUGCCCACGGAACCAACAAAACUAGUUGGUUUGAUUGUGACCGGAUACUCUACUCCUCGUACGACGAUUUGACACGCGAAACACCCGUAGAUUACUGUAGUAUUAUUGGGACCACGAACAGGAGAUUUUUUCUGGAGGCGUCGUAUGGACUCGACUGUGGUGCUGAUAGCGGUUGGUUCGGAUUAGUGGAAGGAGCAGGGUCCUGUGGGUGGGAAUCAUUGGCCACACCUCCCUUUGUCAUGUACAGUGACGCAGGAAGUGUUGAGGAAAACACAGCAAUGGCCAUUGCAGACAAUUUUGUUAUUUCCGUUGCUAUGGAUAACAUAUGUAGUACUGUCAACUGUCUGUACGGCGCCACCUGUGAUGACCAGGGAGGGAGGUACGACUGUAUCUGUGAUGGCUACUACUAUGGCUGGCUCUGUCAACACUUGGAUGGUAACUGGACAGCCUGGUCAGACUGGGACACGUGCAGUACCACGUGCUAUGCAGAAGGAGGUCAGAACCGUUACCGGAACUGUACCAACCCAUCACCUGUUGGGGAUGGUCUGUACUGUCCCGGUGUCGAUAUAGAGUUUCAGUACUGCAUACCUGAUUUUUCCAUUUGUUCAGAAUACAACACGGGUAACAUACAGGAGAAUGGCUGGUACCACAUGGUUUGCCCAUCCAGCUAUUACAUGUACAUAUGGUCGAACUUUUACGGUUUUGAUAGCGGUGGGCCAAAUGAGUGUAGCGAUCCUAAUGCGUUAGACAUUCUGUUUGAUCAAUGCCACAAUGUUACUAACGGAAGCUGUAGGUUCUAUUAUGACGAGGUGAACUAUGACGACCCCUGCAACAAGACCUAUAGCCAGAUAACCAAUUACGGAUUCUCCAAAUUAUACUGUGCAAGAGAUGGGGUCUGGAACGCCUGGCAACCGUGGUCGUUCUGUUCCGUAACCUGUGGUGGUGGAACCCGGUACAGGGAACGUGUUUGCGACAAUCCAACACAAGUCUGGCCUGGGAAUUACUGUCCAGAUGUCUAUAACGACAGUAAAUCCUGCAAACCGCAAGCUUGUCCGGUCUGUGGUGAUCACUACGCCGGCUACGACGAGCCUACAAAUAUUACAGUAUUCAACGACACUCGAUCUGGGUAUGGAUAUUUAUUACUAGACGUUAAUUGGGAUUUUCCUUGCUGCGAAGUCAUCCAAGCAUUUGAGUUCGUUCCCAGAGUAGCAGGAGAGAUAUAUUUCCAUGUUUGGCGAAAAUUCAAUAGCUUAAAAUACGAACUUCUCCAUACAACCAACUACACUGUAAACGAAACGGAAAUUGGCACUGCAAUUAACCAUUCCUUGAUUCUCAAGAAACGUCUGUCUGUAAGAUUGGGAGAUUUCUUUGGCUGGUAUACUCCAGAAGAAAACAUGAUCAAAUACGCUGAGUGUUGCUGUGAGGGCUGCCCAAACCAGACAUGGGUGGCGCCUCUGCCUGCAAGUAUUGAAGUCGGGGAUAAGUACAAAUGGACUACGUUAGGAUCCAAGCUAUCGGAUGUUGCUUAUGCAAUACGUUUCUUUACUGCUCCCAACACCGUGCCGUACGUGAACCAGACUGAAUACGACGCCCUGGUACCAGACAAUACACCUAUAGGAGGGAGCUGCAUUAACUAUCACAUCACAGAUGACGACAUAGGGGACUUCGACCUCCUCCAGCACGAGUUUAUAGAUGACACCGGAUUAUUCGAAUUGAACACUACAUUUCCCGGUAACAUACAUGUAAUGACUAGAGGCAUCCUACCUAGUACCUACUCUGUAUUUGAACUUGUUCUAAAAAGCUGGGACGAUUGCAUUAAUACUGCUACCACUACGCUCACCAUCAUGACAUACAAUGCGCCGCCAGUGUUUAUCAACCUACCUGAUAGUGUUGAGGUUAGCGAAUCAGUAACAAAUGAGAUGAUGGUCUUCGAAAUAGACGUGGUGGACCAAUCAGAAAACGAUUCUGUGUGCUGCACGCUGACAGAAGUUAUUCCCGGCAGUCUAAAUUUUCAGCUGAAAUUUGAAGAUCAAGUUUACAAACUGUACACGACCACCAAUCCAGUAUUCAAUUACAAGGAUAUAACUGAUUACUACAAGGUCCUUUUUUGCUGUUCUGACGACCACGGUCUCUCAACUCAAUUUUUGGAGAUAUUUAUCUUAGAUGUGACGACAACAGAAAGCUAUGUUCCGCCAACGUGGUUUCUGACAGCUAUUGCCUGUAGUAUGGUUCCAGUGUCUGUGACAUUCAUAUUUGCAUGUAUGGUGCUGUGCAACACUUUAUUCUGUGAUACGGAGAUUGACUACUAUUAUGAAUGAUGCCAACAACGCUACACCGAAAACACUAAUUCUGUGAUACGGAGAUUGAGUACUUGUAUACGUGAUAUCAACACCGCUACAACGAUAACACUAAUUAUGUGAUACGGAGAUUGAGUUCUUGUAUAUAUGAUAUCAACACCGCUACAACGAUAACACUAAUUCUGUGAUACGGAAAUUGAGUACUUGUAUAUAUGAUAUCAACAACGCUACAACGAUAACACUAAUUCUGUGAUACGGAGAUUGAGUACUUGCAUUCAUGAUAUCAAUACCGCUACAACGAUAACACUAAUUCUGUGAUACGGAGAUUGAGUACUUAUAUACAUGACAUCAACACCGCUACAACGAUAACACUAAUCAUGUGAUACGGAGAUUGAGUACUUGUAUACAUGAUAUCAACACCGCUACAACGAUAACACUAAUUAUGUGAUACGGAGAUUAAUUACUGUUAGGAAUUAUGUGUCGGCAUCGCUACAGUGAUACACUAAUUCUGUGAUACGGAUAUUAAGUACUUUAUGUAUGACGUGUCAGCAACGCUACACCGAUACACCAAUUAUGUGAUACGGAGAUUCAAUACUUUAGUGAAUGGUGCACCAUCAACAGCUAAAACAACCAUACUAGGCAAUCAUGGAAGAUGACAGAAGAUGUGUCACAUGAGUGAGUUUAUUUAUGGAUGACGCAUGAACAACACUACACCGGUGGCACUAAUUAUGUGAUACGUAAAUUGAAUAAUAUUGUGAACGAUGUGUCAACAACGCCACACUGAUAACACUAAUCCUGUGAUACGGAUAUUAAGUACUUUAUGUAUGACGUGUCAGCAACGCUACACUGAUAACACCGAUUUUGUGAUACGGAGAUACAAUACUAUAAUGAAAGAUGCGCCAUCAACGACUAAAACAAUCAUACUAGGCAACCAUGGAAGAUGACAGAAGUUGUUUCACAUGAGUGAUGAUGUGAUAAAAAGGGGGGAAAACCCGUGUUACUUAGAAUUUAUUCACUUUCCGGAAUUUACAGUGAUUUUCAAUAUUUUAUCGAUGCGUCUGAAAUAUCUAUAUCAGUGCAGUUAUAUAUUAAAGUGAUUAAGAAUUGGAAAGUGUUACAAAUGUGAAAGACGCGUAUCUUAUCUAUAGAAUCUAGUGUGAUUGAGACCUGUGCAUGUGUAAACGAAUGCUGGAUUCAAAGAAAUACAUGGAUAUGAAUAACUGGAAUUUAAUCUUUUGAUGAUUUGUGAAAAAUAUU